CCCUCCUCCUCGCCACCUCCACCCUCCCUCGUCAUGGACAUCAACUUGGUGACCAGGUCACGGGUGGAGGUCCCGGACGUAGGGUCAGACACAGAUUCAAGCUCGGGAGAGUCAGCCUCGUCGCCCAUCUCGCCGAACUUUACCCCCGCAGGCUCGCCCCGAAGACCGCCGCAGCCGCCAGACACAGCUACGUUGGCGUCGGCGAUGUCCGAGACGGCGGUGGCGGCUCACUCGCCGCGCGGAUACGGAGAGGAGCUGGUAAGGGCCAAGAGACGGAAUGCCAUGGCGGCGGCCGGGGCCAAGGAGCGCGGCGGCGUGGUCCGUGCUCGCCUCGGCUCGCUGCAUGGCGUGGACCGAGGCGACGGCGGCGGCGGCACACUCUCUGCGCUUACCAAGCAGCGGGUUCGCGAGUCCCUGGGCGCCUUUGAUGCGUACCUAGGUUCGGCUUCACGGCCAGAUGUGCCGGCACUGUCGCAGGCGCCCCUGGAUUCGAUGCUGGCCAUGGAAAAGUCGCGGAUGAACGCGCAGCUCGACACCUUUGUGCGACUGAUGCACAUGGGAAGCCCUGGCAAGGGCAAACAGCACGACUCGGUGGUGACGCGUCCACGGGCGCUGGCCGUUUCGGACGCUUCGCGCGGCAAUUCACAGCCGGUCGAGUCGUCGCUCAUUACAGCACUCCGUGCCUCGGCAUCGUCGCGGGCGGCGAGUCCGGCGACGGACGCCGAGGCCUGCGCAACGAGUUCGGCACCGGUCGAACCGGGCAUUGAGGCUUGGAUUGCACAGCUGACUAGCUUGGCCAUCGAGCUGCGCGACCUGUCUGCGUCGCAGCUGAGCUUGGCUGAGUGCCAGGGUGUGGUGAGCCGAGCGCAGGACUUGCGACUCGAGAUUCCUGCGCCGGCGACGGCGCGUCAGGUGACCCAGCUUUCGGCCUUUGUUACGAAGUUUCUACUCAUUCUGGCGCCGGUCUCACGCCUGCUUGCGGCGCAAGACGCAGACGCUAGCAGUGCGCGUGGAAGGGCACAGACAAGCGCGGGACCGCCACACGCCAUCGAGCUCUCGUCGUCAAGCUCGUCGCUUGGCGGCUUUGACGACAGCUGCAGCUCUGCCUCGGACUCGGGGUCGGAGCUGUCAGCCACGUGGCAUAUGCACCCCCAGCUCCAGAUUUCCAACUUGUCCGAGUGUGUGGCAUCGAUUGGUGGCGAGAGCGAGGUGAGCCGGCGGAUAGCGUCGGCGCGAGCGCUGCGGAGCUCGGGCUCGGGCGCCACCAUCCACGGUGGGGUCAGCUCGCUGACGUCGACUGACGGGCUCGGCGAGAGCGAGGACCUGUAUUCGUACACGCCACGCAAGCUACGUGCAAUGACGACGGCGUCGUCGACCGAGCUGGCCGCCUCGCUCCCGUCGCGGUUUCUCGACACGCUGCCGGGCAGCAUGGGCUCAGCUCCGCUUGUCCGAGCUAGCGACGGCACGCCAGGAAGCAGCGCGGCGAGCGAUCUCCACUUUGUGCCGAUUGUUAGUAUCGAUGCCGACUCGGGCAUGGACGAGCUCGUGCCGGCAGACCUCAACUACGAGCUACUUGUGCACAAGCUCGCUAACCCGCUCAUUGGCGUGGAGAUUAAGGACCGGCGGUAUCAUCUCCGCAAGUAUCCAAACUGCUUUGUGGGCUCGGACCUGGUCUCAUGGCUUGGCAUCGAGCUCGGGCUCAAGCGGGCCGAGGCAACAAGGGUAGGCGAGGAACUGUUGCGGCGCGGCCUUGUGGAGCACGUUGUCAACGAGCAGCCGUUCAUUGAUGGCUUCUUCUUCUACCACUUUACCCAGGCCGCACACCCGCUGGCGACCGACGGCUCGUCGGUCUCCGAGUCGGGUCCGACCGAGGAGCCGUCCGAGUCGGUGCUCUCGUCACUGACCGGCAUGGACUCGGAUCCCGAAGACGACAUGUCGCGGGCGAUUGCCAGCCUCGGGACUGAUGACCUCGACACCAUGCUCGCCGAGAGCCGGACGCCGAGCCCGGGCACGAUCGGUGAGACUCGCCCGGCCAGCGGAGAGCCCUGCAGCGAGUCGCCCGAGCCCGAGGCGCCCGGCGGUAGCGGUAGCGGGAGCGGGACUCGCGGCAAGUCUUUCUUCUCGCGGGUCUCGUCUGCUGGAAGCGGCGACGAGACGCAAGUUGGCAUCGAAGUCGAGCGCGAGUCGUUCCUCCUCUGCCGGAUUUGCGAAGAGCUGGUCUCGUCGUCGGAGCUGGAGGUUCACUCGCGAGUGUGCGUGGUGGCGUCCAAGGCGGAUCUCAAGAGGGCGUCGUGUGACAUGCGGCUGCAGCGGCUGGCGCAGACGCUGCAGCGCGGAAGCGCGCACCCGACGUCGACCGUGUCCGAGGUGGAGCUCAUUUCCGACGUCGAAAUGCUACAAGUCAUCGCGCGUGAGGGCGCCGCGCUCAAGGUCGACGACGACGACGUGGUUGGCGCGCUCGAGGGCCUGCUCGAGCAACUAGCGCGACUGCAGGAGCGAAUAAGUGGCGAAGGCUGCCCGCUGGCGCAGGAUGUGCGGACGUUUGCGGCGCGGGUGGCCAAGCUGCUGGAGGAGAAACUGGGAGCGUGCCGGGAGCGGCAGAUGAUUUCGUCGCAGCUCUCCGCGCUCACGCCUACCAAGCGCGUGGCCGGGGUGGCCAAGACGCGCCCAAGCCAGCGCGAGGCGCUGGUGCCAUCGAUCAAGGACUUUAGCAUUAUCAAGCAGAUCUCCAAGGGUGGCUUUGGGCGGGUCUUUCUCUCGCGCAAGAAGCGGACGGGCGACUUGUACGCCAUCAAGGUGCUGAAGAAGGAUGACGUGGUGAAGAAGAACCUGGUCGACUCGGUCUACGCCGAGCGCAACAUCAUGGCCGUGACACACAACCCGUUUGUUGUUCGGCUGUAUUACUCCUUCCAGACCAAGUCGUACCUGUACCUGGUGAUGGAGUACUUGAUCGGCGGCGACAUGGGAACACUGCUCGAGUCGCUGGGCUACUUUUCGGAGGACCUCGCACGGCUGUACAUUGCGCAAGUUGUGCUCGCACUAGAGCACUUGCACUCCCGUGGCAUCAUCCAUCGCGACCUCAAGCCGGACAACAUCCUCAUCGACGCCCAGGGCCACAUCAAGCUCACCGACUUUGGCCUCUCUCAGCUCGGAGUCAUCGACACACUCAACGCCGAGUCGUCUGCGGGCGGGGCGCCGAAGCGGUCGGCGUACCGGCUGCAAGGCGAGUUCUCGACAAACCCGCUGGCGGAGACCGAGGUCCAACUGCGGUCGUCGGGCGUGGUGGGCACGCCCGACUACCUUGCCCCAGAGAUCUUGCUCGGGACUGGGCACGGGGCGGCGGCUGACUGGUGGGCUAUCGGCGUGCUGCUGUACGAGUUUCUGUUUGGCGUCCCGCCGUUCAACGACAACUCGCUCGACCUCAUUUUUGACAACAUUCUCAACGUGCGGAUUGAGUGGUUUGACAACGAGAUCUCAGCCGAUGCGCGGGCACUCAUCGAGGCACUGCUCCGUGUGGACCCGUCGGAGCGGCUCGGCUCUGCGGGCGGGGCGGACGUGCGUGCGGCACCGUUCUUUGCCUCUAUCGAGUUUGAGAGCUUGAUGGACCAGCCGAUGCCGUUCCGGCCCAAGCCCGCAUCUGCGCUGGACACGUCGUACUUUGAGUCUGAGGCGCGCGGCAUCAACUCCGCACGCUGA